UAGAAUAUAUUGAAUCCGAGAUAAAGACAUGUUAAAAUUAGAUUACGUAAGGGUCGAAUGCAUCUAAUGAAUAUUCAUGAUUUAGGGACGCCAUAUCCGACUUAGCUACAUUGUACUAAUAUACUUCCUUUUUUCUAGCCGAAUUCAGUGUGGUGAAAGACGUGUUGAGCGGACGAGCAUAAAAACCUGAAGAUUGUCAAAACAAAGGUGUAAAAUCAUCAACAACAUCAUCCUUGCUUUCAUCAUUUAAACCAAAUCAAUGAUGGCUGCCAAUGACAUGCCUUCUAAGGGAAAACAAAAUUUUCUCCGGAUAUGCAUGUUGGUAUUUGAUGUCAUCCCAGACUUAUUGCAAGAUUUGCUCAACACUAAGUUGCCGCCAGCAUCAGGACUCUCUCAAGAACUUACCGACAAGAAAACUCAGAUCUGUAAAGUGUUAAUGAAUUUUCAAAAGAACAUUUUGUAUCCUCAAGGUGGGGUGUAUCAAGGUUCUGUGAAGGAUUUGGACACAUCAAUUCUUUGCAGCCUUCUAAGAAUAAUUGGAGAUAUUCCACUUCCUCAGAAAGAUCAGGAUAAAUUACUAGAUGAAGCAGACAGAUCACUGUCGGCCAACAUCUACCGUCUACGUGAGCAGCGAAAUCAGGUUGCACAUGCAGUCAAUGCCUCCCUUUCUGAUGACGAUUUUCAGACUAGAUGUGGCAUCAUCUGCCGAAGUGUGGAGGACAUACAAAAUAGUGAACUGAAUACAGACCGGUUCGUAGUGGCAGUGGACAAUGUACUUAAAUGGGAGAUGGACCACAGAAUGACAAAUGAAUACAUAGAGAAACUUCUAGUGAAAAUAAAAGCAGAAAUUAGUACAUUGACGGAAGAUGUCAGUGUCUUGAGAGAAACACUUGAUGUCAUGGCAACAGACAGUAGACAGGUCAGAGAGUUCAGUCCCAAGAUAGCAGCCAUGAUAGUGAGAACCAAAGCCAGGAUUGAAGAAGAUAAAAAGAGAACAUUUAUAGCCACCAAGGGUUUCCAGGAUGCUAAAGAAAAGCUACACAAGAAUCAGGUUCUUGUCAUCAAAGGGAACACUGGAGAUGGUAAAACAACCACGGCCAUUCAUCUCAUUCUUGGACUGAUUGAGGAGCAACAAGGCCGACAACCACUCCAACUUCAUAACAUCAAAGACCUGGAUUCAUUGCCUCCAAAAUCAAAAUUAAUUACCUUUAUUGAUGAUAUCUUUGGAGAAAAAGUUGCGCAUGAAAAAGAUGUAGGAGAGUGGAACAAAAGGAUUGAAUCUGUUCUUCCAACACUCUGUGGGGAUAAACCUACCGAGGCAAAUUUCCUUCUCAUUACAAUUCGAAAUGAGGCUUUUAAUUCUUUGAGAAGCCAUUCUUUAGAAAAUGUGUUUGUUGACUCUAACAUAAUUGAUCUGAGCUCUGAUGUUUACAAAAUUGAAGGAGAAAAGCUGAAACUUUUAGAGUUAUACAAACCUUAAAAGGGUGAAUUUUCAUGGAAAGAAAAUGAAAAACAGGAAAUUAUCAGAUAUGCCACAGGUAUUGGUUUCCCACAAUGCUGUAGGUUGUUCAGAGAUAUUCCUGACUUGCAGAAAGAAAGGGUUCUUUUCUUUGAGAAGCCGUUUUAUUUUUUGAAUAGAGUCUUGUCAAAACUGGAAGAAUGUAAUGCCAUAUUGUUUCUUUUCCUCAAUGAUGGGGAAAUUGCUGUAAAGGAUCUUGAUCCUAAUGGUGAAAAAGUCGACAAAACAUUGCUGGGAGAAGCAUUUGAUAUUGAUUUGAAGGGUGUUGGAGAAAACAGGUCGACAUGGAAGUAUAAGCAAAAAAUUGAAUUUGUGCGGAAAAGUUUAGACACUUUAUCUGGGUUUUUAGUGGUAAAGAAGAAAAAGUGGUCUGGUGAUGGUUUUGUGUACAGAUUUGCUCACGACUCUAUACACACCACAGUGGCACUUCUGUAUGGAGAAAAGACACCGAUUGGUUAUGUUAAGUACUGUCCUGUAGGCUCGUUGGGGCUUGUUACAACAUCGAUAUCAUCUCCGGACAGAAUAAUGAUAUCACCUGAUAAUUAUGUUUACAUGUUUGAACGUAUACACAGCGAGGAAUGGAAGACACCUAGGUAUUAUUAUGGAAGUUUUGGUUCUCUAGAUGUAUGGACUGAUAGACAAUUUAUAGAAAGGUUUGUCAGGUGGUUAAAUGGUAAAAAGAUUGAUGAAGUUGAUGUGUUAAACAAAGCAUGCCUUUUUGGUGUAAAACCAUUUGCUUUAUAUCUUCUGUCUCAGGGUGUCAAACCUGACAAGGACACAGAUUGGGGUUCAUUGAUUACAAAAGGUGGGUCUGAUGAUGUGGAUUUACUGAAGAAAGUUCUUGAAUACAUGAGUGAUGAGAACAAACCUGACUUAUUAAACAAAGUAUGUACACAUGGUGAUGUUAAGUGUGCUUUGUAUCUUCUGUCUGAAGGUGUCAAACCUGACAAGGACACAGAUUGGUUGUCAUUGGUUACAAAAGGUGGGUCUGAUGAUGUGGAUUUACUUAAGGAAGUUGUUGUAUACAUGAGUGAUGAGAACAAACUGGACUUGUUAAACAAAGCAUGUUCACAUAGCUUUGGUGAGUGUGCUUUGUAUCUUCUAUCUGAAAGUGUAAAACCUGACAAGGACACAGAUUGGUUGUCAUUGGUUAAAAAAGGAUGGUUUUGUAAUGUUGUAGAUAUAGAUAUUCUGAAGAAAGUUUUUAUAUACAUGAAAGAUGACAUGAAACUUGAAUUGUUGAACGAAGCAUGUAACCAUGGUAUUGUUGAGUGUGCUUUGUAUCUUCUGUCUGAAGGUGUAAAACCUGACAUGGACACAUAUUGGUUGUCAUUGGUUACAGGAGAUUGGGAGUGUGGUGAAGAUAUGGAUAUUCUGCAGAAAGUUUUUAUAUACAUGAAUGAUGAGAUGAAACUUGAAUUGUUGAACAAAGUAUGUUCACUUAGCUUUGAUAAGUAUGCAUUGUAUCUUCUGUCUGAAGGUGUAAAACCUGACAAGGACACAAAUUGGGGGUCAUUGGUUACAGGAGAUUGGGAGUGUGGUAUAGAUUUGGAUAUUCUGAGAAAAGUUUUUAUAUACAUGAAUGAUGAGAUGAAACUUGAAUUGUUGAACAAAGUAUGUAAACUUUGCUUUGAUGAGUGUGCAUUGUAUCUUCUGUCUGAAGGUGUAAAACCUGACAAGGACACAGAUUGGGGGUCAUUUAUUACAGGAGAUUGGGAGUGUGGUGUAGAUAUGGAUAUUCUGAAGAAAGUUUUUAAAUACAUGAAUGAUGAGAUGAAACUUGAAUUGUUGAACAAAGUAUGUUCACUUGGCUUUGAUGAGUGUGCAUUGUAUCUUCUGUCUGAAGGUGUAAAACCUGACAAGGACACAGAUUGGGGGUCAUUUAUUAUAGAAGAUUGGGAGUGUGGUGUAGAUAUGGAUAUUCUGAAGAAAGUUAUUAUAUACAUGAAUGAUGAGAUGAAACAUGACUUGUUAAACAAAGUAUGUUCACGUGGCUUUAAAGAGAGUGCCUUUUAUCUUCUGUCUGAAGGUGUCAAACCUGACAAGGGCACAAAUUGGUUGUCAUUGGUUACAAGAGGUCAUUAUGAUGAAGAUAUCGGUGUUCUGAAGAGAGUUGUUGUGUACAUGAAUGAUGAGA